CCCAACCUUGCUCCCUCACGUCCAUCAUAACCUCUCCAGUGGCAACAUAUAAGUUUUGUAUUGAUAUUUUGGUCAAAGUUUUGACCUAGAAACUCAAGAAAACUUAUGGGGUGUAAUGUGUAAUUACGGGGGCUAGGGGGUCGUGAGCAGACGAAGCCAGGGUGAAAUGAUGGAAGAGGAAGUUCUUUUAUCUAUUCCCAGCUUGGCCAACUUGGACCAACUGCAUUCCAUAUAAAUGGGGGCGUGCCCAUAAAAAUCCUUAGCCAGGCAUUCAAUUCCUCGACCGUUUCUAUUUCUUCAUAUUAUUUCUUUUGGCCAUUCGGAUAAACCAGUAGCUGUUUUUGUCAAGGAUUCCUUCCAAGCAGAUAGUGAGGAGAUCAAUGGGGGUGUUGGUGAAAUGUGCAAAACCAAAGAUGGGAUUUGUGCCAUUAUGGCUGCUGUGCUUCAUCGUCGUGUAUGGGGUUUCCGAGGGGGCAGAGUACAUGAAGUAUAGGGACCCCCGGCAGCCUGUGGGUGUAAGAAUCAAUGACUUGAUGAAGAGGAUGACCCUUGAGGAGAAGAUUGGCCAAAUGACUCAGAUUGAGAGGAAAGUUGCAACAUCUGAUGUUAUACAGAGACAUUUCAUAGGGAGUCUUUUGAGUGGUGGAGGGAGUGUGCCAGCACCCAAGGCCACAGCCGAGGAAUGGAUUAACAUGGUUAACGGCUUUCAAAGAGCGGCUCUCUCCACCCGCCUUGCCAUUCCUAUGGUUUAUGGAAUUGAUGCCGUUCACGGCAACAAUAACGCUUACAAGGCCACCAUUUUCCCUCACAACAUUGGACUUGGUGCUACCAGAGGCAAUGCCUCCGCCUCCAUUGGGGCUCGAACCUGGGUGAACUUCCCCAAUGUUUCUUACCACUCAAGUCAGGAGAGAAGAUCAGGAGAGAAGCUAAUGGUUCUUGAAACUGUGCAUUUUUUGUUUGUUGGCAGGGAUCCGGAAUUGGUGAAAAGGAUUGGAGCUGCAACUGCACUUGAAGUUAGAGCUACUGGAAUAAAUUAUGCUUUUGCUCCCUGCAUUGCAGUAUGUAGAGAUCCCCGAUGGGGCCGUUGUUAUGAAAGCUACAGCGAAGAUCAUGAAAUCGUGCAAAUGAUGACUGAGAUCAUACCUGGUUUACAAGGAGACCCCCCUGCUAAUUCCUCCGGUUUUCCAUUCGUUGCAGGAAAGACAAAAGUUUUAGGGUGUGCCAAGCAUUUUGUUGGGGAUGGGGGUACGGACAAGGGUGUCGACGAGAGCAACACCAUAAUCGACAUGAAUGGUUUGCUUAGCAUUCACAUGCCAGCGUACAACGACUCAAUCCGGAAGGGUGUUGCAACUGUUAUGGUUUCAUACUCAAGCUGGAACGGCGAGAAGAUGCACGCUAAUCGCGACCUAAUAACCGGGUUCCUCAAGAACAAGCUCAAGUUCAAGGGAUUUGUCAUUUCAGACUGGGGAGGGCUUGACAGGAUCACUACUCCCUCUCAUGCUAACUACUCUUACUCUGUUCAAGCUGGAAUUCUUGCAGGAAUUGACAUGGUAAUGGUGCCGUUGGACUAUGAAGAGUUCAUUGAAGAUUUAACUUCCCUGGUGAAGAAGAAGGCCAUCCCAAUGAGUAGGAUUGAUGAUGCAGUCACAAGAAUAUUAAGGGUUAAGUUUGUGAUGGGCCUCUUUGAGGACCCGAUGGUCGAUCUCGGCAUGGCAACCCAUCUGGGCAGCCAGGAACACAGAGAGCUGGCUAGGGAAGCUGUGAGGAAAUCCCUUGUGCUUCUAAAGAAUGGCAAAUUGGCUAACCAGCCAUUGUUGCCCCUUCCUAAGAAAGCCCCAAAGAUCCUUGUGGCUGGGACCCACGCUCACAAUCUUGGGUAUCAAUGUGGAGGCUGGACCAUUGAAUGGCAGGGCAUUGGCGGCAAUGAUCUUACACAUGGAACCACCAUUUUAUCUGCCGUGAAGAACGCCGUCGAUCCAUCUACAGAAGUGGUCUAUCAAGAAAACCCGGAAUCUGAGUUCCUCGAAUCCAACCAAUUCUCGUACGCCAUUGUUGUUGUGGGUGAGACCCCGUACACGGAGUUUCUGGGGGACAGCACGAACCUCACCGUGGCCGAACCUGGAGGAAGCGUCAUCGAUACUGUCUGCGCCGCCGUCAAAUGCGUCGUGGUCGUGGUCUCCGGCCGGCCUGUGGUGAUGGAGCCGUAUGUGGCGAAGAUUGAUGCGCUUGUUGCAGCUUGGCUGCCGGGAAGUGAAGGGCAGGGCGUGGCCGAUGCCCUGUUUGGGGAUUACGGAUUCGCCGGAAAACUUGCCCGGACAUGGUUCAGGUCAGUCGAUCAGCUUCCGAUGAACGUCGGCGACCCUAAUUAUGAUCCUCUCUUCCCGUUUGGGUUUGGCCUAACAACUGAACCCGUGACGAUGAUUCAAGAACCAUCAGGAUGGUUUUCAGCCAUAAGACUUCCGUCCAUUUGAUUUGGCUAAGGAGUAAUUUAAUUGGUCCUGAUUUAUUUCGAAUAUGUAUCACAAGAAAUAAUUGUUUAUGAUGGGUUGUGUUAGUCUCAUCUCAUUUUGUGUCAUAUUUUGUACCUUAAAGAUUUGUCCUUAUACAAAAUGCAAGUGCAACAUUGACAUAAUAUUAAUUUUGCACUUAUAUUUAAUGUCAAGAUAAAUACUUAAGGUUGGU